ACAUAACCUCAAUUGUGCUUGUGACAUCAAUAUUUUUGUACACAUAAGAGAAAAUUUUUCGCAGGCUGUUUUCAUCUCUAAUAGGAUUCCAACAAAAUGUCUCAAGAAGUUGAGGAGACUCUGAAGCGAAUUCAAUCGCAUAAAGGUGUUGUCGGGACAAUUGUUGUGAACAACGAAGGGAUCCCCGUAAAGAGUACACUGGACAACACGACAACGGUUCAGUACGCGGGGCUGAUGAGUCAACUGGCUGACAAGGCACGGAGUGUUGUACGUGAUCUGGAUCCCUCGAAUGACCUCACCUUCCUCCGGGUGCGGUCAAAGAAGCACGAAAUUAUGGUUGCCCCCGACAAGGAUUUUAUUCUUCUCGUCAUUCAGAAUCCAACUGAUUGAACAAUACAUUCUCUACCUAUUCUCUAAAUUAUAAAUUAAAAAUAAUUAAACACUCACCAUUAUUUCCGGAAGAUUAGCAGUCUUUUAGGCGAAGAUUUUUACUUCCUUCAGGUUUACUGAGAUUUCAAGGAAAGAAUUUAAAGAAAAAUUUAACUUACUACGUUUUAUUUAUUUAUUUUCACACACAAAUUUUGAGAUUUUAUGUUAUUAAAAAAAUCUCUGGGAGGACAUGCAAUAUUUAUAUUUUUUUUUAAAUGUAAAUUGAAGAGCGAAAAAUAAAAAAAAUGUCUCAUCCUAA